CGAGAAGAUUAAAGCCAUUAGUAGUAGUGUCCAUCAUGAAAAUCUUGUUAACCUGAUUGGAUACUGCAAUGAAGGAGCAAAUAGACUGCUUGUUUAUGAGUUUGUUCCCGAGGACAAAAACUAUGGUUCUCAUUCUAGAGGAUGACAUCGCAAAUAACAAUAUGUGGCGGUAAAUAUGCUAUUAUGCAUCUAUUGUCUUAUAAAGAUGGAAAACAUUGCAGGAGAUGAAUUUUUUCCAUGGAAAAUCCCACUCAGAAUCAUCAAUUGCAGGGCGAAAAUAUUGCGAUAUCUGUGGGAACGCUAUGAACCCUGGGAUUUGUAUGACGUCUUCAAUAGAGAUCGAAUUUAUAUUGAUGAUAAUAUGAAAGUGAAGUUUGCAGAGUAUGGACGUGCCAAUUUUCUCUCAAAUUCUGCUACUCGUGUCUCUACUGGUUAUAUGCCUCCUGAAUAUUUCCAUAGUAGGAGAUUCACUGCGAAGACCUAUGCUUAUUCUUUUGGUGUAUUCGUUUUGGAGGAAAUUACAGGGAAACAACAUGAUGAUAUGAGUUUCAAUGGCAACUCUAACAUAGUUCAAUGGGCGGUACCUCAGCUCCAAAAAGGUUUGUCCAGCGGCAACUAUGAUUUUAUUGAUAAAAGAUUGCAGGGCUAUAACAACAAUGAAAUGAAGCAAGUGAUUGCUUGUGCUUUAGCUUGUUUAAAUGAUAAUCCAGAUGAUCGACCACAAAUGAAUGAGAUAGUUGAAAUUUUAGAAGGAAAUAUUCAAGUUGUAGAAAGAUAUAUUUCUCUAGAAGAUCUAUGGAAAAGGGAACAAGAGCUAAGCCGUCGACAGUAAAUCAUCAUAUUCUACAGCAAGCCAACAACUGUUAAGGUCAUUUCAGCCUCGCCCAAGCGGGCGAUUUGGCAGGAUAAGCCUUGCCUCAAGCAAGUUGAGCCAAGCCUAAGGACAAGGUCUGCCUAGUCCUACCAAAAUUUUCACUUACUGAUUCUUUGGUCACUUCCAGACAACAAGAAAAGCCAGAACUAUGACAAUUGGAUUCAGAUCAACAUCACAAUUUUAGAGGGCGUGGUCCUGAUUUGGUUGAUGAGAAUAUUGGUACUGUAUUCCGGCAAAUAUUAUCUAUUAUGAAAAUUUUUGUUCAGUGGCAAACCAUUCCUUAGUGCUAUAUUAUGGUUUCCUUGGAAAGUGCAAACCAGUUCAGGAAAUCAUGUUAGUAAAUUUGCAUACCUCAUUGAUUUCUUCAAGGAUGUUAUUUAUGCAGUCCCUUCUUUUCUACUGAUCGCAGAAUGAAUGAUUUUGAAGUGAGGAAGGCAGCAGACAGGGAGAAAAGUGAUAAUAACUCUGUACUGUCUAAAUGCUUUUCUGCUAGGAGGCAACGAAAUUGGUCUUUCUAUUGAUAAAUAAGUGUUGUAUUCAAUUAUGCAUUGUGCAUAUGUAAUUAUUGAUUUUUCUAUUAAUGAAAUUAACUAUUGUACAUAA